GCGUCACUGAACAAGGACCAUGAUGGCGGCGCUCGGUGCACCAGAAGUGAUUUCACAGCUGGAAAGCGCUGCCAAAGUUUUAAUGGCGCCGCCGUCCAUGGUCAGCACAGAACAGAGACAGCACGCAGAGCACAUAUUCCUCUCUUUCAGGAAGUCAAAAUCCCCCUUUGCUGUCUGUAAGCACAUCCUCGAGACUAGUAAAGUGGACUAUGUGUUAUUCCAAGCAGCCACAGCCAUCAUGGAGGCUGUGGUUAGAGAAUGGGUUCUUCUGGAGAAGAACAGCAUCGAAUCCCUCAGAACAUUCCUCCUCACCUACGUCUUACAGAGACCCAAGUACAUUCUACAGAAGUAUGUCAGAGAGCAGAUCCUGUUAGCAGUGGCAGUGAUAGUGAAGAGAGGAUCACUCGACAAAUCCAUCAACUGUAAAAGCAUCUUCCAUGAGGUCAGCCAGCUCAUCAGCAGCGGCAAUCCAACAGUGCAAACUCUGGCCUGCUCCAUCCUUACAGCUCUGUUGAGUGAGUUCUCCAGCUCCAAUAAGACCAGCAACAUUGGUCUAAGCAUGGAGUUUCACGGAAGCUGCAAGCGCUUCUUUCAGGAGGAGGAUCUCAGACAGAUCUUCAUGCUCACCGUGGAGGUCCUGCAGGAGUUCAGUAGAAGGGAAAACCUCAACGCUCAGAUGUCCUCGGUGUUCCAGCGUUACCUUGCACUGGCCAAUCAAGUACUCAGCUGGAACUUCCUCCCGCCUAAUCUGGGAAGGCACUACAUUGCCAUGUUUGAAGCGACUCAGAAUGUCAUGCUCAAGCCAACCGAGUCCUGGAGGGAAACCCUGCUAGACCACAGAGUCAUGGACCUUUUCUUCACUGUGCACAGGAAGAUCAGAGAAGAUUCGGACAUGGCGCAGGACUCUCUUCAGUGCCUAGCCCAGCUGGCCUCCAUGCACGGUCCCAUCUUUCCAGAUGAGAAUGCUCAGGUGACCUACCUGGCCCACCUGGUGGAAGGACUGCUCAGUAUGAUCAAUGGGAUUGAGAUUGAAGACUCUGAGGCUGUGGGCAUCUCCAGCAUCAUCAGUAACUUAAUCAGCACGUUUCCUAGAAGUGUUCUAACAGCACUACCGAAUGAGCUCUUCGCCUCUUUUAUUAACUGCCUCACACUUCUCACGUGUUCCUUUGGUCGCAGCGCCGCCCUGGAGGAAGUCCUUGAUAAGGAUGACAUGGUGUAUAUGGAGGCAUAUGACAAGCUACUGGAGUCCUGGCUCACGCUGGUGCAGGAGGACGAGCACUUUCCGCGUGGCUGUUUUGUCCAGCCAGCUGUGCAGGUCUUCAACUCCUACAUCCAGUGUCACCUGGCAGCACCUGAUGGCACCAGAAACCUGACUGCGAAUGGUGUCGCUUCUCAUGAGGAGGAGGAAAUAAACGAGUUACAGGAAGACGAUAGAGAGCUGUUCUCAGAUCAGCUGGCCAGUGUUGGCAUGUUGGGGCGCAUCGCUGCAGAUCACUGUAUACCUCUGCUCACAGGUUUGUUGGAGGACCGAGUCACACGGCUUCACGGGCAACUCCAAAGACAUCAACAGCACCUCAUGGCUUCUGCAGAUCCAGGCACAGUGGACAGGAAAGUUCUUGAAGACCUUUAUGAAGACAUUCAUUGGCUCAUAUUAGUGUCAGGCUACCUUUUGGCUGAUGACCCUCAGGGUGAGACACCAUUGAUACCUUCAGAAGUGAUGGAGCACUCCAUCAAACACUCCACUGAGGUGGAUAUCAACACUACACUGCAGCUUCUCGGCUCUCCCGGAGAGAAGGCCACCUCAAUCCCAGGAUGCAACAGGACAGACUCAGUAGUCAGGUUGUUAUCAGCAGUACUACGAACAUCAGAGGUAGAAUCUCGGGCCACACGAGCGAGUUUAACUGAGCUGCUCAGUCCUCAGAUGGGCAAAGAUAUAGUCUGGUUUCUCAGACGCUGGGCCAAGACAUACCUGUUGGUGGAUGAGAAACUAUACAGCCAAAUCAGUGUACCCCUCAGCACAGCCUUUGGAGCCGACACCGAGGGGGCACAGUGGAUUGUGGGUUAUCUGUUGGAAAAGGUGAUCAAUAAUCUGUCUGUGUGGAGCUCGGAGCCCGAACUGGCAAAUGACACCGUGGAACUGCUGGUGACCCUUGUGGAGAAGAGAGAGAGGGCGAACAUUGUCGUGCAAUGUGAAAACUGGUGGAACUUGGCCAAGCAGUUUGCAAGUCGUAGCCCCCCUUUACAUAUGCUGUCCAGCACAGUCCAGCGGACCCUGAUGAAGGCUCUGGUCUUGGGGGGUUUCGCUCACAUGGAUUCUGAAACCAAACAGCAAUAUUGGGCCGAGGUUCUUCACCCGCUCCAGCAGAGGUUCCUCAACCUCAUAAACCAGGACAACUUCGCUCAGAUCUGUCAGGAGGAGGCGGUCAAACAGGAGAUCGUGGCCACUCUGGAAGCUCUGUGCGGUAUCGCAGAAGCAACGCAAAUCGACAACGUGGCGUCUCUCUUCAGCUUUCUCAUGGACUUCCUGUCCAGCUGCAUCGGCCUCAUGGAGGUCUACAGAAACUCGCCAGAAACAGUUAACCUCAUCAUAGAGGUGUUUGUAGAAGUGGCUCACAAACAAAUCUGCUACUUGGGAGAGACUAAGUCUAUGAAACUGUACGAGGUGUGCUUGACGCUACUUCAGGUCUACUCCAAGAACAAUCUGGGACGUAAGAGACUCGAUGUGGCUGGAGAGGAGGACCAGUACCAAGAUCUUCUGCUCAUCAUGGAGCUUCUGACAAAUCUGCUGUCCAAAGAGUUCAUCGAUUUUAGCGACACAGAUGAGGUGUUCCGGGGGCAGGAGCAGAGUUCUGGUGCUGGACGGGCCGUAUCGGCCGCGGAUGUUGUGCUGUAUGGAGUGAAUAUUGUGCUGCCCCUCAUGUCUCAGGACUUGCUCAAGUUUCCUUCUCUAUGUAACCAGUAUUAUAAGCUCAUCACCUUCAUCUGUGAGAUCUUUCCAGAGAAGAUCCCUCAGCUGCCAGAAGAGCUCUUCAAGAGUCUGAUGUGCUCUCUGGAGCUAGGCAUGACCUCGAUGAGCUCAGAGAUCAGUCAGCUAUGUCUUGAAGCUCUGUCCCCAUUGGCUGAGCAGUGCGCAAAGACUCAGGAAAAGGACACGCCCCUAUUCAUUGCCACAAGACAUUUCCUUAAGCUGGUGUUUGACAUGCUUGUGCUGCAGAAGCACAACACUGAGAUGACAGUAGCAGCAGGAGAAGCCCUCUAUACACUAGUGUGCCUGCACCAGGCGGAGUACUCCGAGCUGGUGGAGGCUCUUCUCUCCAGUCAGAGGGAUGCUGUCAUCUAUCAGCGGCUGGCAGACGCAUUUAUCAACCUUACCGCCAGCAGCACACCUCCAACCAUGGACCGCAAACAGAAAAUGGCCUUCCUUAAGAGUCUGGAGGAGUUUGUUGCCAAUGUGGGAGGGCUUCUUUGUGUCAAAUAAACUGCUCCCUCCAGCAACUUGUUCCCCUCUACCAUUCAAAGAAGCCUUUUCAACAUGCCAAACUAUGGAGAUGUUCAGAGCGACGCAGUUGGAGCACUGAUAGCACUGCUCUGCCCUGAGUCUUCAGAAACAUGCCUGCAGAGCAAAGGGAAGCUAAGGAGGCCAAAUACAGAGAGGGGACGACUGCCGGGGUCCUCAAAUAAAUCGAUGAUGGACAGAGGGGACCCUUUCUGAAAUUAACUUAUUGCUCCCCUCUUUACACACGCAUACACACCCAAACUGUUUUGCAGACAUCUCUCCUUCAGUGCCUUCUUAUUUGGUUUCUCAUUUCUCAGAUCCAGCUGUAUAUACGGCGACAAAUAGAACAGUGACUUUCUGAGAAGUGUGAGCCGUGGUUGCCAUGACAACAAAGAUGCCUUUCCCAUUGAAACUGUCAUUGCAGAAAGGCCGUUUCAAAAUAGAAACCAGAUCACUGCGUGUUUAAGGGUGUAUAUAUUUUCGAAGAGACAAAAAUGAAAGUGUUUAAGAGCAAAAAGGACUGAAAUGUUUUUAUAAGAUUAUAGUUGAUGGAAUUUCAGAUUUUUUAUGAUGACUUCACCUGAAGGAAAGAAGGGGGCUAGAUUACAUUUUUCUUUGGAUUGAUUGUGGUUUUAAUGUUUCGCCCUGAUCACAGCAGUACUGAAAGUGUUUCGACAAGACUUGAUCUCUGAUCAUCUUUGGACGUUUUUCACUGUCACGUCGCCUGAUGUGCCCAUUAAGUUUGUUUUUUCUGACUUCCAGUAAAGUUCCACAUACACUAGCACACGUGCAUACUCAGAAUUGUGGAACAGUGACCAUUGCUGUAGCAAUACAAAAUACCAAAAAUGAUGAUAACUGAGGGAUGUUACGUUUUAUUCAGAUUAUGACUAUUUCCAUUGUUCAAAGCACUAAUUCUCUUGUUUUGGAAUGCCUGAAAUGACCUGUAAAAGUGUACAUAAACU